AUGGUGGGGCUACCCUGGGCCAAGCAAACAGCCGUGUUUGCUCCAAGUCCCUCUUGGCAACAGUCUCACAGUAACAUUCUUCAUGGAGUGGAGCCGACCAAGUGUAAGCAAUGUGGGGGGUCCUUUCUGUGUGCACUGCACUAUGAUGUACCCUGGAACACUUCCAGUGCGCAGGAUGUCUCAGACUGUCAGCAGGAUGGACACGCUCUGACAAAACUGUCAGAACUGAGUGACCCUAAGGAAGUCCAGACACAGCGAAAGCUUCAUACAUGUCAGGAGUGCGGGAAGGCUUUCACUAAACACUCACAGCUUACUGCACAUAUGAAUAUUCACACAGGAAAGAAGCCUUAUAUAUGUCAGGCAUGUGGGAAGGCGUUCACUCAGUCAGCCUACCUUAGAAGGCACAGAAAGAUUCAUAGUGGAGUGAGGCGUCAUAAAUGUUCAGUGUGUGGCAAGGCCUUCAUUCGAUCCUCGUCCCUCACUAAGCACAUGAAUGUCCAUACAGGAGAGAAGCAGUAUCAGUGUCAGCAAUGUGGGAAAGCUUUUGCUCAAUCCUCCAAUCUUAGUAGGCACAUGAGCAUUCAUACUGGAGAGAAGCCUUAUAGAUGUCAGGAGUGUGGGAAGGCUUUCACUCAAUCUUCCCAGCUGACUGUACACAUGAAUAUUCAUACUGGAGUGAAGCCUUAUAGAUGUCAGGAGUGUGGGAAGGCCUUCACUCAAUCUUCAAGCCUGACUAGCCACUUGUAUAUUCAUACUACAGAGAAACCUUAUACCUGUCAGGAGUGUGGCAAGGGCUUCACUCGGUCCUCUCAUCUUUCUGCUCACAUGAAUAACCACACAGGAGAGAAGCCUUAUACAUGUCAGGAAUGUGGAAAGGCCUUUACUCAGUCAGCAUACCUUACUAAGCACAUGAGUAUUCACUCUGGAGAGAAACGUCAUGUAUGUCAGGUGUGUGGGAAGGCCUUUAUUCUAACGGCACGCCUAACGAGGCACAUGAAUAUUCAUACUGGAGAGAAGCGUUAUACGUGUCCAGAGUGUGGGAAGGUCUUUGCUCGAUGCUCACAGCUAACUGUACACAUGUAUAUUCAUACAGGGGAGAAGCCUUAUUCAUGUCAGGAGUGUGGGAAAGCCUUCAGUCAAUCAGCCUACCUUACUAGGCACAUGUACAUUCACACUGGAGAGAAACCUUUUUCAUGUAGGAAGUGUGGGAAGGGCUUCACUCGCUCCUCACACCUUUCUACGCACAUGAAUAUUCACACUGGAGAGAAGCGUUAUAAAUGUCAGGAGUGUGGGAAAGCUUUUGCUCAAUCCUCAUACCUUGGUAGGCAUAUGAAUAUUCAUAGAGGCAAGAAGCCAGGAGGGAUUCCCAAGAGCAGAGCCAAGAGGAACUCCUUAGCAUUGUCAGGUGUUGCCCCCAAAUAA